ACUUCGUUACUAUACAACACUGUAAUAUGCAUAUGUUUAUGUAUGAAUGCAUGUAUACAAGAGAUGGUAAGAAUUAUGAACGCUAAACUCAAGAUAGCAUGGGUCUUCACUGAGCAAACAGCAACAGCGAUUCUGCCAACUCUGACUGUCAAAGCCAACCACGCCUAUUGUUGCAGCUCCGAGGAUUUUAUGGUGCUUACCCACUGCUGUAGCUCCCAUUUGAAGUGUUGGUUUCUAACUACAAUGGAAAGCUCUCACUCCUUGUAUUUUGGACUUAUCCUCCUUGUUGCAGUGCUUCUUCAGACAGUUGCUGUGGCUGUCAGCUUUCUGUACUUCAACCAUGCUCUCAGCACGGUAAAACAAGCUUUUUCGAGGAGCAGCGUUUCGUGUCUGAUGGGAACAAAUAUGAACAUAGAAGAAAGAAAGCAUGACCCCUGCUGGCAAAUAAUGCAACAACUACAGUAUCGAAUGGAAAAGACUAUGUCGCAUAUGUUUAAGAAGGAAUUCGUCUCUGCUGUGAGAGGUCAGUUUGAAUGGAUGUCACCUACGACAGACGAGAAUCACGACUAUGGUCAUCGUCCUGAAAUUGCAGCCCACCUAACAGCCAAGUUCUUGACAAAAGAGGAGAGACAAUUGGAACGUCCACCCACCAACACAAAAGUCCUGGGCCAAAAGAUUGAGGCCUGGGAGUCACGGAGAGGCCUUGCUUUCCAGAACAAUCUGGAGAUGAGCAACGGGGAGCUGAUCUUUCCCCAAGCUGGUCUCUACUACAUCUACUCCCAGACCUACUUCAGGCUCUUUCAGAAGGAGUCAGAGGCAAGAGAGGAAGAGUCUAGAAACGGACAGGUGAUCCAGUACAUCUACCAGAAGAUGAGCUCUUAUCCUGUGCCCAUCCUUUUAAUGAGGAACGCAAGGACCACUUGUUGGUCCAGGGACCAAGACUACGGCCUCUACUCCAUCUAUCAGGCGGGUGUCAUCCCGCUUGGUGCUGGUGACCGGGUGUUUGUGACAGUCAGCAAUAUCAGCACCUUAGACAUUGACGAGAGGUCGAGUUUCUUUGGGGCCUUUCUGGUUACUUGAUCAGAGACAGUACUGAUGGAACGAGCGCUUGGCUUGUGGGUUUAGACAAAGUAUAACUGCUGAGCAUUUGCCUUAAAAGGUUUGUGCAUGGGAGGUUUCCUCUUAAGGAUCUGCAAUGAGAAUAACGUAUGAACAGAGAUGUAAAGAUACAAAUCACAAAACCAAAUGAGAGAAGCGAGGUGAUGGAAUUUAUCCGUUCUACAGAUAUUUUUCAGUUAUCCUUACAUAACGUGUACAAGUGCUACCGAGUGAUCUCCACGGAAACAUCGCCCACACUCACUGGAUAUUUUAGUAAUCAAUACUUAUCAAUACACAAUAGGCCUCAUUCAGGAAGCUCAUUCAGGAAGGAUCUGUGCUGGAUGAAGGGCAAAUGCUCCAUGGGCAACGGGUCGCUGCAAAACUAAAUGGUCUCCUGAGAAAAGAGAAUGUUUCAAGCAUGUGAUUACCUUGUACAUAAGUGAAUUUAAUCGUCUAUGCCAUAUAUCACAAUACAGUGACAGUGUGGAAAUCAGAUAUUGAGUGGUUGAAAAGCAAGUAGAAAACUAUUGUUUAUUUAUUGUUGUAUUACAAUUUUCCAAAUGUGGCAGUGAAUUAACCCGCAUUAACUGGAAACACAAGAAAAACUCUAGAAACCAAACACAUUUCAUGUAAACAACCAAGGCUCAAAACAAACAAAAAAAGUCAACAAAUGGAGUGGUACAUUCUACAGCAAGUCAAACAGCCUAUGUUUGUACUACUGUGUGUUUCAUGAUACAGACUUAGUUUCAAUAUUUGGUAAGAGGCCUAGUAAUAGUGUUAUCAAGUAUUUAAAAUUCAUUUGAUCACAAUAAAUGACGCAUUGCAUACACUGCAAAGAGACAUCUUGAAACAGCACACUGUGACAGUAAACAGAAAGAGUACUGUUUCUCUUCCUUCUUUAGUGAUUCAACUGUGUUUGGUCAGGUUAACAGCAAAUCACAGUACAAAUACAUCAAUGUAAAUAAUAAUAAAACAACAUGCUGAGGUAUGUAUGGUGCAAGGUGCUGGGUGUGGGGUGGUGACAGGGGGAUGGAAUCACUGAAGCCUUCUCAUGGUUUAUCAAAAAUAAAUUGACUUUCAGUGGCAACACAGUAAACCAAAACAUUUAGACACAAAUGGCAUCGCCUGAAACCUUUUAUGGCUUAUUCAACACUACCUGAACAUGUUUUUAAACAUCACCUUAUAUUUCAUGCUACAGUUUAAGCACUGAUCCCUAGCUUCCUGAAGACCCUUGAUACAAAUUAAUUGUUUAAUAAAUGGAGUCGGAUUUGAAUGAUCA